CGUUCAACCAAAAUUUGACUACUGCCGCUUCCCGCGCUCGGAAUUCUGCUACCUGUGUCGCCGCCACCGCUCUGUGGUGACGGAACCGCUGCGCCGACGAGGAGACCACUUCGGGUCCCGGGUCCCGACGUGCCAGGACUGCGAAGCACGGCGGCAAGAGCUAUUGGUGAUAGCUGCACCAACUACGAGCGGUGCUGAGGGAAGCGCUGGCGCUUCUUCUAGUGCCAGCAGUAAAUCUGGAUCUGUCAAUAUUGCCGACGGGGACACCACCACUACAUCUUCUUGGUUUGUCGGGAGCAAUGAAUUUCUCAGAAAGAAUAAGAAACCCAUGUCGAAGAGAAAGAAGAAGACCACGCAAAAAAUUCUGACUGAAGACAGCGGUGCCGGUGGUGGAGCGCUCGACAAUUCCUACUCUACUUCGACGCGGAAGCCAAAAGUAGCGCUUUGCCAGCAGGAGCGGGAUAGUGCAGAAGUCCUCUGGGAUGUGCGUGAGAGGCAGAAAAAUUCUACGGCCAAUAACGACUCCGACGCGCGCGGCAUGGAGUUUGCGCCGGCUUCCGCGAAUUGUACGUCUGAGUCCCAGCUUAGUGCUGUGGUGAAAAUGGUGGCAGAGAAUCCACCGUCUGUUCCAGCAUGCGCUACUGAGAGCGAGCCGUCGCCGUGCGCUAGCGACAUAGACGCGACCAGCCAGGGUUCCACAGCUGCACCAGAGAUCGUGGAUUACAACGAGGUCUCGAAACACGUGCCGGUGGUCGAUAUGCCGUUUUUAACGGCGGACUUUUGUGUGCAGGUCCGAGUCGAACGUCAGUUGCGUGCCGAGAUUCUAGAUCUAUUGAACUACACAGCUCCAGCGUACAACUCGGAACAGCGGAGCGAAGAGCAACCCGUUCCUCGAAUAUUAAACAGUGGCAGCGAUUUCCAAGGCGAGUUAUGCGCCGCAAAAAAAAAAUCUUCAGAGGCCCCCCAAAGCCCGCCGUCACUGCGCUACUCAGAAUUCAGCGAUAUGGAAGAGGAUCCUAGCACAGCGUUGUUCUGCCGCGACACGCUGUCCCGCUCGGACCGGCUGCUGAUGUAUGGGGAAGCAUUUGAAACCGACACCGACUUUGCGGACGCCGUCGAGGCGUGGCCACUCACGAAGGCUAAAAAGGACCUCGUGCUCUGCCGGGAGGCCCUGUUCCGACUGCGGGAUUUGCACAAAAAGGCGAGCGGCGGACGCAAGGAUGCUUCGUGGUGGACCGUGCUCCGGGAGAAGCUAGCAAAUGUGCAAUCGACCGAGGAUCUUUGGCAUUGCUUCGAGAUAAUCAACAUGCCCGGUUCGGACGAUGGGAACUACAGCCACGAAGUAGGAAGUGACGACGCUAAAGGGGCCGCGGACAGCAAGGCUCAUCGGGAUGAAUGUGGUAUAGUACUGUCGCCCUCCACCACAUUAUCGCGAAUCUGUUCUCGAAUCCAGCAUGCAAUAGCUGCGGCGCAGUCGCAGCCGUUCUUCUUGUGGCAAGAUGCGACGCAGUCAUGGGCAAAUGAGUUCUUCUACCACCACAGUACGGAUACGAUGAGGGAAAAACUCUUGCGGCAAUUGCCCUCGCCGUGUGUAUUCAGGU